AUGAACAAGCUAAUGGGCCUACAAGGCUUGAAGAGCCUGGAUCAUUUCAAGUCCUUAUCAGGAUCUGCGAAAACUAUAUCAAUCUCUUCGCGCGUAUCCUCGGAUUCGGCUUCAUUUGGAAGCUUUGCCAAUUUGAAGCUCACUGCAGCAGAAAAAUUGGUCAAAGAGCAAGCUUCCGCAAAAACUGAUCUUGACUUGGCGAAUUCCAAGCUAAAGAAAUUGACAGAGCACGUUCAUGUGUUAGAAGAAAAAUUGCAGAAUGCGUUCAAUGAAAAUGCAAAGCUCCAAGUGAAGCAGAAAGAAGAUGGGAAACUUUGGAAAGGGCUGGAGUCAAAAUUUUCUUCAACGAAGACCUUAUGUGAUCAACUUACUGAAACUUUACAGCACUUAGCUGGUCAGGUUCAAGAUGCUGAAAAAGACAAGGCAUGUUUUGAAGACAAAUUAUCAGGAACUUCGGUAGCUCUUGAUAAUUUGCAUGACCAGAUGAAGUGUCUGUCGUUGAGGUUGGAAUCUUCAGAGGAAACCGUUAGAAAUCGUGAAAAAGAGCUGAAGGAACUUGUCAUUGAGAAACAGGAAAGAGAAAAAGCUUUUAGAGAUGAACAGUGCAGAGUGACUGGCAUCAUUGAAGAAAAAGAUUGUACGAUCAAGAAUUUUGAGGCAACUGUCACAGCUAAUGGAUUGACCAUGGAGAAUAUGAAUUCUAAGUUGGAAUCGCUGCAUCUCGAGUUGAAGUCAAAGGAGGAUGACCUCAACCAUUUGAGGGACUUCAAGGAGAACCUGGAGAAUGAAAAACGUGAUCUUUUAUCAAGCAACCAAGAGUUUUCUAACAAAGUAGACAUGGCACUUUGCAAGAUAAAGAACCUUGAGGAUUUUAUAAAUGUGCUGGCUGCAAAGUUGAUUGAAUUGGAUAAUCAAAGUUUGAGCUUUUCAGAGAAGGUUGUUCAGCUUAAUGCUUUGUAUGACUCCUGCUUUAAGAUGGGCCAGGAGGAGAGGCACAUUGCUGCUCAGAGUGCUCAGCAUAAAUUUGAUCAGCUUCAUGAUCAAACCUUGCGUAUUACAUCAGAAAAAGAUGCAGCACAGUUGGUUAAUCAGGAGUUGAACAAUAAGGUUAUUGAACUUCAGAAACAACAAGAAUUUGCAAUGGUGCAGCAUGCAGAAGAAUGCCGUUUAACAGAAGAGAGAAUUCAUAGGUUGGAGUCCGAAGCAGAAACUCUUCUUUCUAAGAGGACUGACAUGGAGAUUUUGAUCCCCAAAUUGCAGGAGAAAAUUGACACUUCAAUAGAGUCUUCAAGAUUAUCCGAGGAAAAAAUGCAAGAAUUGUUGUUGAAACUUUCAGCAUUAGAGAAUGAGAACAAAGAUAAUACAGAAAACCUACAAGCAGAGAUACAGAAGAAAAAUGAAGAAAUAGUUGUACUGCAGAAAGAGAUUAGGAUGCAUGAACAACAUGUAGAGGCACUAGAGAAACAAGUCAGUCAACUUGGUAGUACAUUAGAGGAGAAGGAACAGCUUGUUCUGCAAUUCAAGGACAAAGAGAAACAGCUGAAAGAUCAAAAAACAGAGGUUCAGGCCUUGCUAGUUGAUGCUGAAAGUAAGCUUACAGAAGCUAAGAAGCAAUAUGAUCAGAUGUUAGAAAGUAAGCAAUUGGAACUGUCAAGGCAUUUGAAGGAAAUAUCUCAGAAAAAUGAUCAGGCCAUUAACGACAUUCGGAGGAAGUAUGAGGUGGAGAAGCUGGAGAGUGUUAAUCUUGAGAAAGAAAAGGCUGACAAAGUUAUUGGAGAAAUGGAAAGAAAAUAUGACCAGAAGCUUGCAGAAUGCAAGGAGGAAUCAAAACAGUACUUGGUGCGGGUACAGGAAGAGCACGCUGCUUUGCUUAGUUGUCUUCAGCAGGAGAAUGAUAAGAAGGAAUCCAUUCUUAUAUUUGACCACAGUGAAGAGCUAAAGCGUGUCCAACUUCAAGCUGAAAAUGAAUUGAGAGAGGAAGACAGACAGAGGGCUUUAUUGCAAUUGCAGUGGAAAGUAAUGAGUGACAACGCACAAGAGGACCAGGAAGUGAAUUCCAAAAAGGUCUGA